AUGAGAAUUGGCCCGAUUAUUCUGUUGGAUGGUUCACCUGAGAAUCCACUUGAGUUCAUCCACGUCCAAAUUACCAAUGUGGAAUCUAAAUUUGCCACUGCAAUUUUUUACUCUGGUAAGAUUAAAGUGGAGGGAAAAGUGAAAGACAGGAAGCCCUACUUCACCAAGAUAGAUUCAUUUGGUGUUGAUGUGAGCAUGGAAGACAGCCUCAUACUUUGCAGUGAGGUUGAUCAACCAGGUAUGAUUGGUAGUAUGGGGAAUAUCCUUAACGAGGAGAAUGUAAAUGUGAGUUUCAUGAGCGUUGGCAAGAUCGCUCCACGAAAACAAGCAGUAAUGACCAUUGGUGUGGAUGAAAAACCCAGCAAGGAAGCGCUAAAGAGGAUCAGGGAGAUACCAGCAGUUGAAGAAUUUCUGUUUCUUAAGUUGAAGGCGCACAAUUCCAAUAGUGGAGAUGAGGAAAUGCAACAGAAGAAGAAGGAGGAGGAGAAGGAGAAGGGGAAGAGUAGGCUACCCUGUGCGGUGACGAUGUCUGGCUAG